AUGAUUAUCACUAAACAGUACCGAUGCAUACAUUCAGCUAGCUGUCAAUGCUCUAAAGGUCAUUUAAGUGAAGAUGCGAUUUUCUUAGUGUUUCAUAAUUUAAAAUGGAAUCCAAAGCUGAUUGCUACUCUGUCAUGUGUAUGCAAAUGGUUUGAUGAUCUUGCCAAGCGAGUUCUAUGGAAAGAGUUUUGUGGAACAAGAGCUCCAAAGAUGUUGUGUGAUCUGCAAUCUACUGGGAGCCAUGUUGUUGAUGGGAACUGGAGAGCUUUAGGGAAGCUUCUUACAUACUGUUCGGGAUGCACAAAAGGUGGCUUGUUCAAAACCAUUCAGAACCAGAUUCCCGGUCACUUUGUAUACCAGACUCGAUUUUCUAGAACAUCGGGGAAGAGCUUUCUUUUGCCACAAUGCAGAACGGAUGUUUUGUACGUAUCUGAUCCUUGUGAGCAUCUUGAUCAAGGUGAAGAAGAAGAUUUAGGAUUCUUCCGCGGAGUUUUUAAGUCGUUUGCAACGUCAAAGGUCCGAAAGAUGCUUAUUAGUAAAGGUGUUAAGCUCCACCAAACAGAAGUUUGCCCUUAUUGUAAAGCGAAGCUUUGGAGUAUGCAGCAAGCGAAAAUGAUUCCUCAAAGUGCUAGUUGCAGGCUUGGUUCUUAUGAAGAUGGUAUUGAAUAUUAUUUCAAUGAUUUUCAGCUGUCAUCAUUCUUUCUGAAUCUGCUAAAUUCCAGAUCAAGAUUAUUUAGAAGAAACGCGAAGAAUGCAAAAGGUGAAGAAUACUCUAGUCUAGGUGACUACUGA